AUGAAUCUGAACACAACUGUGAGAAAUUCGCACUGUUUUAAUCUUCCGGAUCCAGUUUUUCAAACAGCUUCAGAGCGUUUUACGACGAAUCUCAUAACGACUGUCUUCAAUAUCCUAGUUGCUCCAAAUACCAUUAUCGCGAAUGUACUGAUCCUUGUGGCAAUCAUUAACUGCAGUCGUCUUCAAUCUACUUCCAAUCUAUUAAUUGCCUCUUUAGCGCUGUCUGAUGUUUUAGUCGGCUUAACAACCCAACCAGGAUAUAUCAGCUACAGGCUCUUGGAAUGGUUCUCUAUAUUGUGGCUUUUUACAUUUGUUUUGGAGUGUCUUGUGUGA